AUGGCGUAUUUGAAUACCAUUGGCUGCGGUGAAGGUCUAUCUAGCUCUCGACCACCUCUAUUUGAUGGCACCAACUUUGCAACAUGGAAAACGAGAUUUCGCAUCUAUGCUAGAUCUCAAGGCGUCAAAGUUUGGAUGGCUAUAGAGGAUGGCAUUAUCAUUCCAACCAAAAUUAUUGAUGAUGUCAUCUACGAGAAGAAAGUGAGUGAAUAUACUCACGAAGAGGAGGAUAGAAUGAACAUCGCUGCCAAAGCUGAAAUGGUUCUCACAAGUGCACUUGCUGAAAAAGAAUACAAGCGUGUGAACAACUGCAAGUCUGCACAAGAAAUGUGGAACAAACUUGUGGUCACCUACGAAGGAACCACCGAUAUCAAAGAUUCUCGAAUGGAUACUCUAAUCAUGGAGUACGAGAACUUCAAACUCCAAGAAGGAGAGAAUAUCAUCGACAUGGAAACGAGAUUCACUCGUAUCGUCGAUGAGCUUGCUCAACUCGGGAAGAACUACACGCAAAAUGAAAAGAAUCGGCGAGUUCUUAAAUCUCUUCCUCCGAGUUGGAAAGUCAAAGUUACAACAAUCAAAGAGAUGCACAAUCUCAAUGAUUAUCACAUCGACAACCUCUUCGGAAAUCUUCGUGCUUACGAGGAAGACAAUGUUCCGGAUAUCGUCGUUCCUAAAGUGGAAGAAAAGAAGAAAAAUAUGGCACUCAAGGCCAUAUUAAUCGAUGAUGAUGAUAACGAUGAAGAGCUAAACGAGGAACUCAAAAAUCUCGAUGAAGGCGAAAUCGCUUUAUUAACAAGACAACUUCGUCGUGUGCUCCAAAGCAAAGCUCAAAGAUAUGGAAAAGGCUUCCUCAAAUCAAACAAUCAACAAAGAGUAUUCAACUCUAAUGGAAGGCCUAAUUACUCUCAAAAUUACGCUCCUAACUACAAGAGUAAUUUUCCUGCUUCGGGCUACAACAAAGGCAAAGGAAUUCAAAAUUCAAAUUCGAAUUCCUACAACAAUGCAAACAACAACAACAUCAACAACAACAACAACUAUACUCCUCCUAAGCCUAAAGAACAUGUUCCAGAGGAGGCACAAGAUGUUUGUUUUGAAUGCAAACAACCGGGUCACUACAAAAGGGAAUGUCCUAAGCUAGCCAAAGGACGUGUUCUCGUAGCAGAAAACGGUUGGGAUCUAAGUGAGGAUGAAGAAGCCUCCGAAGCAAGCGAAGAAAUGGUUAAUCUAUGCUUAAUGGCUUCGGAUGAUGCAUCUACUUCUACGGAAGAUUCCACUACGAACCAAGAAGUAAGUGGUCCCUCACGAAUAUUAGACAAUAUGCAUCUAUUUAUUGAUUCUAGCUUAAAUCUGCUUGACAUGUCUAAAAGUGAUUUAAUUGAUUUGCUAGUUCAUAUAAAUAAUAAAUAUUGUGAUGCUGACCAACGGUUCCUAUCAAUAUGGUCGGAACAUGAAAAGCUCAAAAAUUCGAGUAAAGAUCAACAAAAGGAGUUGACUCGAAUAAAGGAAUCAAUGAUCAAAAGUGAGGACGAGAUAAAUUCCCUCAACGAUCAAAAUGAUUUCCUAAAGCUUGAAAACAACAAGUACAAGGAUAACAUCACAAAUCUCGAAGUAGAGAAUGUUUCCUUGUUACUUCAAGCUGAAGAGUUGGAAAAUGAGAAGUUACAAUUAAAUGAAAAUAAUUGUAAGCUUCACGUUGAUGCGUUAAACUUGAAGAUUCUAAAUGAAUCAUUGACUCAAGAAAGGUCAACUCCGAGUCAUCAAAAGAGCUCUCUUGAAAUUGAAAAAGAGAUGAUCCUAGUCUUAAAAGAAAAUGAAAAGUUUCAAUUGGAAACACAAAGACUAAAGGAUGAGAAUAUUAAGCUCUUAUCUCAAGUUAAGGAUCAGGAGAUAUCUUUAAAUCAAAAGAUUAAUUCUUUGAUUAAAGAAAAAGAAAAUCUUGAGAUAGUGGUUCAAAGAUUCACACAUGGUAAUGAGAUACUAAAUAAAAUGGUAUACUCAAAGAACUCCUUUAACCGUGAAGGUUUAGGAUAUGAUAUAAACACUCAAAGUAAACGAGUGAAACCAUGUGUGGAACCACCAAAAGUUGCUCCCAAACCACCAACUCUAAAGUGCUCAUAUUGCAACAAAAUUGGACAUUCUGUCUCGUUUUGUAAAUAUAAGAGUGGUGAAAUUAAGGGGAAGCAUGUAUGGAUUCCAAAGGAAUCAAAAUCAUACACUCGGGUUGACAAAGCUAUACCAAAGAAAAAUGGUGCCAAUAAAAAUCAAAGGCAACCAAGGUUUAGCUAUCAUCAACAACCAAUUGCGUUUCAAAAUAGAAACGAAAGAAAGAAUACAAACUCUAGAGGCAAUAUUCCUAGAAGUCAUAAUGUGCCUAAACAGAGUUUCUAUCAUUACCCAACUCCUUAUCAUAGUUAUGAUAGAAACUAUGUGCAUCCUAGAAAUGAUUUAAGGCAAAAUGCUUAUUAUGCUAGGAAUCAUGCAUCUAGAUUAUUGUAUGUGCCUCAAAGUGAUUAUCCCAUGCCUAAAUUCCAUUAUGCAAACUCUAGAACUGCUUAUGUUGGACUAACCCCUGGACCCUCAAGACAAAAGGGUACCAACAAGUUUUAUUGA